UUCUUCAUAAAACAUUAUUUGCGCAACACCGUUUAAUUUCCCGCAAAAAUUGCAUGUUCAGCAAAUAAGUAGAAAAUGGCAGUCCAGCCGAACCAAGAAUUGAAAUUAGAUUUAUCACAAGAACAAGGAUUUAUUUCAUACUAUCGGUCCUUACCGGAGAAAUCAAGCACCACUCUCAGAUUUUUUGACAGAACU